CGAGCGCUCCUGUCCUGAUAUCACUCCGCUGGCAUGGAGGAGGAGGAGGUGGAGGAGGAGAGUAUCUGAUCAUUGUGAUGGUGGCAGGAGGAGCAGCAGCAAGCGAAGCAGUGCAAAGCGUUAGGCUGUACCAGCUCGGCGUUUCGCAGACUUCAGAGCUUCUACUUUUCUUCGUCUCGGCCCGGAUUGUUCAUGUGUUUACUUUCCCCAGCCCGAGGAUUUGCUGUUUAGGUUCCUGUUGAAAUGCAACUGAGCAGCCAAAGUACUUUGCGAACACGGUGCGGCAUAAACACCAAAACUUUUUUUUAGAAGGAAAAUACAAUAAGAAAGCAGCUUUGCCUGUCUUUUGAUGCUGUGCAGUGCGAGUGAGUGUGUAGAGUGUGCCCAGUGCGUGCUUGUGCUUGGAUGUGUGUGUGAGCGUGUGUGAAUGUAUACGUGUGUGCAUGUGGAGGGGCGCGUGUGUUUCUCUUUAUACAUGGGAAGAGAAGGCUUUUGGCAAAAUCUCCGGAAAUCUCAUGGAAUUUAUUUUGAAAUGAUGGAUUAUAAAAAAGAAAAGGGAGAAAAGGAACUGGUCUGAUCUCUCCUGGAGUUUGCUGCCCGAAUUGCUGCUGCUCAGUUUGUUGUGCUUCUUUUCUGUGUUUGUUGGUUGUGUUUCUGGUGAUAACCUUUUAGCACCUUCUCUCUUUAUUUUCCCUCCCCCUCUCUGUUUCUCUCUCUCUCUUUUUAAUGUUUUGGAGAUUCUCGAGGGGGAUUGGCUAGGGGGAAAGAGAAACAUUUGCUUGGGAUCGCUGUUUCCCUGAUACAUGUUGGUGCCCCCUCCCCCCCACGGUUCACUAAAAAGUAUCCCAUCAGGACCCCGGAGGAGGCUGUGUGUGUGUGAAGGGUAGAGUAAAAAGUUCUUCCAAAAUAGUGUGCACGGGGAAGAGGAUGGGGGAUUUUGCAGCCCCCGCUGCCGCCGCGAACGGCAGCAGUAUCUGCAUCAGCAGCACCCUGAGCAACAGCCUCGGCGGGGCCGGCCUGGGGGCGAGCGGCGCCCCGCACGCGGCUCCCGCGGCGGCUCCCGCCAGCAGCGGCGGCGGCGUCCCCAAGCACAGCACCGUGGUGGAGCGGCUGAGGCAGCGCAUCGAGGGCUGCCGGCGGCACCAUGUCAGCUGCGAGAGCAGGUACCAGCAAGCGCAGGCGGAGCAGCUGGAGCUGGAGCGCAGGGACACGGUGAGCCUCUACCAGAGGACUCUGGAGCAGAGGGCCAAGAAAAGCGGCACCGGCACUGGCGGCGGCAAACAGCAGCAUCAGAGCAAACAGCAGCAAGAUGCCGAGCCGGCCACAGUGGAGCAGAGGAACCACACUCUGAUCAUGCUUCAAGAGACAGUAAAGAGGAAGUUGGAAGGCGCACGUUCACCUCUAAAUGGAGAACAGCAGAAUGGCAUUUGCGAUGGCAGCUUUUCUCCAACCAGCAAACGGAUACGGAAGGAUGUACCAGGCAUCGAGGCAAUCAACAGCUUGCCCAAUAAUUUGCCUUUGCCUGCUGUUUCUCCUCUUCACCAGCUUGACAUGAAAGCUUCCCUGCCCCUGCAGAAUAGUGGAACUCACAGUAGUGGGCUAGAAGACUUGGGUAAAAAUGGUGGACUUUCAGAGAUAAAGCUCCCAGUUAAUGGUUGCAAUGAGCUAGAUGAUAGUUUUAACAUCCUGCAGAACAAGGAGCUAAAGCAAGAGCCUCUGGAUGACCCUACCUGCAUAGACACUUCUGAAACAUCUCUUUCAAAUCAGAACAAGCUUUUCUCAGACAUUAAUCUGAAUGAUCAAGAGUGGCAGGAGCUAAUAGAUGAACUAGCAAACACUGUUCCAGAAGAUGAUAUACAAGAUUUGUUCAACGAAGACUUUGAAGAGAAGAAGGAGCCAGAAUUUCCCCGGCCUGCCACAGACACUCAAGAAAGUGCGAGCGUUAAAAGCGAUCCAUCCCAUUCUCCAUUUGCUCAUGUUCCAUUAGGAUCUCCCCAGGUGAGGCCUUCCUCUUCUGGUCCGCCAUUUUCAAAUGUCUCCACAGCCUCUAGUGUUACUUCUGUAUCCAGUGCUCCAGCUGCAGCUGGCUCACCAGCAAACUGUGUUGUUCAGUCGCCUCAAACUCCCAACCAGGCCCAUACUCCAGGCCAAACACAGUCGCGAUCUGGAAAUGGCUAUCUUAUGAAUCCAGCAGCAGUGACUGUGGCAGGAUCAGGGCCUGGGCCUGUGGCUGUACCUAGUGCUGAUUUGUCUCCAGCUGAACAGCUCAAACAAAUGGCAGCACAGCAGCAGCAAAGAGCUAAGCUCAUGCAGCAAAAGCAACAGCAGCAGCAUCCAAAUCAAGCCUCAAGCUGGUCACCUGUUGGCCCUCCAUCUAGUCCAUAUGGAGGACCCUUCAGUGCAGACAAACCAAAUAGUCCAAUGAUGUAUCCCCAAGCCUUUAACAACCAAAACCCAAUAGUGCCUCCUAUGGCAAAUAACCCACAGAAGACCACAGUUAAUAACUACCUCCCUCAAAACCACAUGAAUAUGAUCAGUCAACAGCCAAAUAACUUGGGCACAAACUCCUUAAACAAACAGCCCAAUAUGCUUUCUUAUGGCAACACUAAGCCUCUGACCCACUUCAAUGCUGAGCUGAGUCAGAGGAUGACGCCGCCAAUGGCCAGUCCCAGCAAGAACCCCAUGAUGCCAUACAUACAGCAGCAGCAGUCCCAGCAGCCGCAGAUGCAAGCUCAAAUGGCGCACCUGAGUGAGGAGCAGAAAUGCAUGCUCAUCAUGAAGCAGAAAGGAAUGAUGAACCAGCCCAUGGCAUAUGCAACGCUUCCUUCCCUUGGUCAGGAGCAGCACCAGGUGGGGAUGUCUCGCAGCGCAGGACCGAUGCAGCCUGCUGUCCCGCCGGGCUCUGGUGGUGUGGUUGCAGGCUCCAGCUCUGGGGCUCCCACCUUCCUGGGGAACCAGCCGCAAGCAGCCAUCAUGAAGCAGAUGCUGAUUGAGCAGAGAGCCCAGCUCCACGUGAUAGAGCAGCAGAAGCAGCAGUUUCUACGGGAGCAAAGGCAGCAGCAGCAGCAGCAGAUCCUAGCAGAGCAGCAGUUGCAGCAGCAGUCACAUUUGCCUCGGCAGCAUCUCCAGCAACAGCGGAACCCAUAUCCAGUUCAACAGGUCAAUCAGUUUCAAGGUUCUCCCCAGGAUAUGGCAGCUGUACGAAACCAAGCAGCACUCCAGAGCAUGAGGACAUCCCGAAUGAUGGCUCAAAAUGCAAGCAUGAUGGUAAUGGGUCCCUCCCAGAACCCGAGCACGCUGCCUACAACAGCAGGCCAGUCAGACAUGGGCAUGGCUCCUUACAGCAAUGCCUCCUCCAGCCAACCAGGAAUGUACAGUAUGAGCACAGGGAUGAGCCAAAUGUUGCAGCACCCAAACCAAAGUGGCAUGAACAUGGCACAUAACACAGGCCAGGGAACGAGGCAGCCUGCCCCUGGACAAGCGGUGGGAAUGGUCAGCAAUUUUGGUCAGAACAUGCUGGUAAACUCUGCUCUUCCCCAACAUCAGCAGCAGAUGAAAGGACCUGUGGGCCAGGUCUUACCCAGGCCACAAGCACCGCGACUUCAAAACUUGAUGGGGACUGUCCCUCAAGGAACACAAAACUGGCAGCAGCGAGGCUUACAAGGAAUACCUGGAAGGACUAGCGGUGAGAUUGGGCCUUUCAAUAAUGGUACAACGUACCCAAUACAGUCUGGGCAGCCAAGGCUGUCCAAGCAACAUUUUCCACAGGGACUUAAUCAGACAGUUGUGGACACUAGUGGAACAGUAAGAGCCCUGAACCCAGCAAUGGGGAGACAAUUGCUGCAACAAGGAACCAGCCAAGCCAGGCCAAUGGUUAUGCCUGCAAUAAGCCAAGCGGUCCCCACUAUGUCUGGUUUUAAUCAGCCUCCUACACAACAGAUGCCAGGUGGGAGCUUUGCUCAGAGCAGCCAAGGCCAGGCCUAUGAGAGGAAUCCCACUCAAGACAUAUCUUACAAUUACAGUAAUGAAGGAGCAGGGGGGUCAUUCUCAAGUUUAGGAGAGGGCACAGACCUUGUGGACUCCAUCAUUAAGAGCGGACCAGGGGAUGAGUGGAUACAAGAACUUGAUGAGUUGUUUGGAAACCCCCAGUGAACGGGCUUGUAUAGUCUGGAGCUUUGGUUGUUUUGUUUUGUUUUGUUUUGUUUUGUUUUAAAAAGAGAAAGUUGGAUAUUCUCUCCAUCCUUGGAUUUCCGUCUUUUCAUUUGAGUUGGUUUGGUUUGGGGUUAUUUUGUUUGUUUUCUUUUGUUCUUAAUUGUGCAAAUUGAGCUGAUCUGUAGCCAACUUUGGAAGAUUCAGAUGAUGCUGAAAACAUCAGCAUCACAAGACUUCCACUAAGUAAUCUCCAUUGCACAGCAGCACCUGCUGCAUGUGUGUGGAGCAGGACGGGGAAACUGGAAAAGCCAGCUGAUGUCUCUGGUUGGGUAAAGUCAGUGUUUCCCCAUUGCACAGUGAGGUGGUCCCAGUAGCUCCCACCUCAUUUUAUUGUAAACACUGCAACUUUCAGGGCACUGGAUGAAAAAACCUGGGAGUAAAUCCUAAAGAAGUCUGCAGGUGACUGCACAGGCCCUGGUCAGAAACAAGCUUAACCCUGCCCUGGCUAUAAGUAGGCCUCAGGCGAGCCACAGUCAGGCCCACAAGGCCUGCCCUGGGAUAUCACAUGGAAAUGGGCAGCACAUGUGACAAACCUAAACGGUCACAGAGAGGUCACCAUUUUCACUGCAGAGUGAUAAAAAUCCAAUAAAGAUAUAGCAGAACAUAAAUUUGGCAGUACAGUGAGAAGGACAGUCUGAUUACAGGGCUGUUACUGGAGAUGUUUAGGUGGGUGAGUUAACUUGAGCUAUUUAGUCCCCUUGGGACUCGGAAUAGUGCUUCUCUGUCAGAGCACUUCAACAUGUCUCUGCUGCCUGGAGGUGGAGAAUAGCAGCUAGGAAAGGUGUUAAAGGACUAAGAGCCCUAAGAGACGUCAGCAUAGGUCCUAAGCAGGUCCCCAUCUCUUCUUCCUCCCCAAUGUAUUUUCAUUUUGCUCUUUUUCCCCUCUUACCCUUCAGUGUAAAACAAAGUUAGCUCACUGCACUUCUUUUUAGGUGAGCAACAGCCACCAUGAAGGGGCAGGAAGGGGAGGAGAAAACCAGCCUAAGCAAAUGAACAGGGAGAGUUUAGCACCCAGGAUGGAUUUCUCUUCUCCUCUUGAAUAGUGCAGCAGAUCAGCAGAUAUUAUUACCCUGCUGUUUCUGGGCUCUGGAUUUGUCACAUGAAACCUCAUCUUCUGUCUGAAGCAGAUGUUUGGUCUAAUCUCUCUGGUUUGCUGGAAUAAAAUUCACUGCAGUAUUUGAAAAACAGGAAUCAGGAAAGGACUACUGUAAAGAGCAUUCAAGAAUGGGUAGAAUAAUUGAUUUAGUUAUAAAAAUCACAGUGUCUGCUCAGAUAAGCUUUUAGGCAAUAGAGACAUACCACUAUCUCUUCUCAGGGUAAAUGUAGCCCUGUGCUGAGCAGCACUAUAAUGAAGUUGUGAUAUGUCUUUUACAAUACUGAGAUGCCAGCUGAAUGUCUAAAGCAGUAGUUCCCAAGCUGCAGUUGGAGGCCGAGGUAAGUUGCCCACAGAAACCUAUCACCUUGGUAGUGUUUCCAGUUGAGAGCUGGUGGUCAGGGUAUGUGUUAACAGUGGUCAACGGUCCAACUAGUUUGGAAACCUCUGGCCUAACACUCAUGUCUGUGAACCACAAAUUGUGCUCUGUAGUGAAAACGUCUCUACUGUACAACUAAAAUACUGACUGUUCAGCUACCAGUUACCUCUUCGUGUGUUGCUUUCCUUGGGCUCAAUGUUUUGAGGUGCUGAGCCACUGAGAUCCGUGGGAGCGGAGGGGCUUGGCACCUUGCAUUCUCAAGUCCUUUCCUUUCUCUGUAGAGCACGGAUACACAUCACAUUAAGAAACGGGAAUAAAAUGGGCCUGAAACCACCUGAGCCCCUGUUAUCGUUCCCUUGCGUGCAGUAACCCCUUGUAGGGCUCCUCCGGACUAGGGGAAGUAUAUCUGUUUUAAAUGCUAGAGCAUAGCCAGGACAAACUGCAUUUUUAACGUGGAUCAGCAAGUCAAGGCAAGCCACUGGUUCUGUUAUACAUCCAGUUUUCCCAGACAGCACAAGAUUUUUAAAAUGCUUUAGUUAAAACUCUUUUAGCAAACACCUUUUUAAAAUACAGUGCAAGGGCCUAUCCCAGUCCUUACUGGAGCCAACAGGAGUCUGUCUGCUGGCCUCUUAGGUGUGGGCUAGGCCAGGCCCUCCAUCUAUAAAACGAGGGAGUACUAGCCAAAGUUUUCAGUCCACGAGUGUCUCGUGGGUAGGUGGAUCUUAGCUGGACUAGCAUCAAGGGCAGGGGCAGACGAGCAAGGAGGCCGGUGCUGCCUGCCAGCCCGGAGUCCCGCACUGCCAUCACGCAGCCGCCGCCGCGGCGCCUCCCGCUCCUCAAGAGGGACGCGGGCUUGAGGACCGAGUCUCUGCUGUCUUGGUAAAGCUUCCUCCAAAUACUCUGUAUUGGGACCAAGUACUAGAGAGGUAGAUUUUAAUAGGUUUGGGGGGUUGUGUUUUUUUUUCUCCUUACUAUGGUGCUGAUGUAUAUGUAAUGUUAAAAAAAAAAAAAGUUAUUUGUAAAUAUGUUUUUACAAUUCUACAGAUAUCACUGGGUCUACUAUCUGUAAAAUAUAUACAUAUAAAUAUAUAUAUAUAUAUAUAUAUAUACUGUUUGUUUAAAAUAGAGUAUUUUUAUUUCAUUCCUUAACUCAUCCUUCCUGCAGUGGUAUUGCACUCCAGAUGACAUCUAAUUACUAAUUUGUACUGUAUCCCUGACAGCAACUUGCUCCAUUUUAUUCAGAUUUUUCUAGUUUUCUGUUUUUACUUUGUACAUGAAGCAUUGCUUAUUUCCUUUUAAGACCUGUACAGAGCUCUGAAAAUGUAGAAAAGACCUGAUGUUAACAUACCACUUUUAAAGAAAAGGAAAAGAAAAAAAAACAAACGAAAAAUAAAAUAAAAUAAA